AUGGCUAAAGAUAACAAUGCAUUCACUGCAGUUCCCGGCUCCACCAACACCAAACCCACCUUCUCUCAUCCAUCCAAACUGGCCGAAAAGUUCGAGAAGGCGGACAGGAAACUGAGGCGCCGGCAGAGGUACGUGGAGAAGGACGGGCGCUGCAACGUCCAGCAUGGAAAUGUCCGAGAGACCUAUCGCUAUCUCACUGACAUCUUCACCACCUUGGUGGACCUGAAAUGGAGGGUGAGCCUCCUGGUCUUCAUUCUGGCCUAUGCCAUCACCUGGCUCUUCUUCGGGGUCAUCUGGUGGUUUAUUGCCUACUGUCGGGGGGACCUGGAGCAUCUGGAGGACCCGGGAUGGACGCCGUGCAUCAAGAACCUCAAUGGGUUUGUCUCUGCAUUCCUCUUCUCCAUUGAAACAGAAACAACAAUUGGCUAUGGACAUCGGGUCAUCACCGACAAAUGUCCAGAAGGGAUCAUCUUGCUCCUCCUUCAAGCCAUCCUGGGAUCCAUGGUCAAUGCUUUCAUGGUGGGCUGCAUGUUUGUCAAAAUCUCCCAACCCAAUAAGCGGGCCGAGACGCUGGUCUUCUCUUCCCAUGCCGUCAUCUCCCUGCGGGAUGAUAAACUUUGUCUCAUGUUCCGGGUGGGAGAUCUGCGCCAGUCACACAUUGUGGAAGCUUCCAUCAGAGCCAAACUCAUCAAAUCCAAACAAACGCAAGAGGGAGAAUUCAUUCCACUCAACCAGACGGACAUCAAUGUUGGAUUUGAGACCGGAGACGACCGGCUCUUCUUGGUGUCACCGUUAAUCAUCAGCCAUGAAAUCAAUGAGCACAGCCCAUUCUGGGAAGUGUCCCAGAGACAGCUGGAGAAGGAUGAGUUUGAGAUCGUGGUGAUCCUUGAAGGAAUGGUGGAAGCCACAGGAAUGACGUGCCAGGCCCGCAGCUCUUACCUGGUGGACGAGGUGCUGUGGGGGUCAUCGCUUCAUGUCCGUUCUGACGCUGGAGGACGGCUUCUAUGAGGUGGACUACAACACCUUCCACCAGACCUUCGAGGUUCCUACCCAGCCUGCAGUGCCCGAGAGCUGGCCGAGGCUGCCGCCAGAAUGGACGCUCACCUCUACUGGUCCAUCCCCAGCCAACUGGAUGAGAAGGUGGAGGAGGAGGGGACGGAGAAAACAGGACAAGCAGAGGAAUGGCAGCAUCACUAGUCCGGAGAGCGAGCAGGCGCCAUCCGAAUGA